AUGAAUUCGCGCCGGAUAUUACAGUUGCCACUGCGCGCGCCUACCCAAAGGCUUACUGUCGUUUCUCGGUUCCAGACUCGACAUGCCUCCACCGCCGUACCCCAAAUUCCUUCCGGCCGUUCGCGAUGGACCCGACGCCUGAUCUACGCCAGCAUAUUUGGAGCUUUGGGAGUAGGAGCUGGCGCAGUGCUGGAUAGCAAAAUAGGUUUGCCAGCGCAGCCCGGGUCAAAGGAAGAUAAAAUCUACUUGGAAGAAAUUCAAAACGUCUUUGAGAGUCUCCCGAUCGUGAAGGAGUUAAGAGACAACCCUGAUUGCGUGGAAUCAGGUGUAUACGAAGGCCUUCCAGAAAAAAGCAAAGCCCACCGGUUAACUUCAAAGGCAUUGGCUGGAAGUAGAGGAAUAGGAUUGCAGAGAGUUUUUGCAAAUGACUCGACAAAGGAGGUGACCAGUGUGGUCUUCCUAGGAUCCGGUAUGGAAGGCUGGCCUACCAUGGUCCACGGAGGUGCUUUGGGGACCAUUAUGGAUGAGAAUAUGGGACGAGCCGCUGUUCGACACCUCCCCGAACGAACUGGAGUCACGGCGAAUAUGAAUAUCAACUAUCGCGCUCCUGUUUAUUCGGGUGCUUUUUACACCUUUCAUGCACGGUUGGACCAGGAACGAAGCACGGACCGGAAGGCAUACACCACGUGUGAAGUGCGUGAUGUGGCAGGUAAAAUCUGUGCCGAAGCCACCGGUCUAUUUGUGGUGCCAAAGCAGUACCAACUGACAAGACUUGGGGACCGAUUUUGA